AUGCAAUUAAAAUAUUUAUUAUUGAUCUUUGCCUUUACUAUUGUUUCAGCGGAAGCUUUGGUCGUAAAACGAGAAGUGAAAAAUAAACGGCACGAUUCUUAUGAUUCUUAUAAUUCUUAUGAUUCUUAUGGUUCUUCUUAUGGUUCUUAUAAUUCUUAUAAUGAUUAUAAUGAUUAUGGUUAUUAA